GUCAGAACUCAGAUCAACUCCUCUACUGAAGCUAAACUCUAGCUUAUACCAAGAAAGAAAGAAAGAAAGAAAGACAUUGACCGGAGCAGCAAAGAAACGAAAACGAGAUCGACUUGAUCAGAAAAAGGUUUCUCAAGCUCAAACUCGAAGACUCAAGGAAGACUUUCUAAAGAAGACUUUAAGGAAAAACUAGAAUUUAUUUCUGCAAGGAAGAAAAGAUGUCUGCUGGACUGAAGAAAAUGAUUUUGCUGCCUUUCCUGUGCAUCAUGCUCUCACACAUGGCUGCAGGUCAGGAGUGCAGCAACCAGUGUUCGUGCCCCUCCACUCCCCCUCAGUGUGCACCUGGAGUGAGUCUGGUGCUGGACGGCUGUGGCUGCUGCAGGGUGUGUGCCAAACAGAUGGGAGAACUCUGCACCGAGAAAGACGUGUGUGAUCCCCACAAAGGCCUUGACUGCGACUUCGGAGCCCCCAUCAACAGACGCAUCGGAGUGUGCACAGCUCGAGAAGGCGCCACCUGUGUGUUUGGAGGGAUGGUGUACAAGAGUGGAGAGUCUUUCCAGAGCAGCUGCAAGUACCAGUGUACCUGUCUGGAUGGAGCUGUAGGCUGUGUCCCUCUCUGCUCCAUGGACAUCAGGCUGCCCAGUCCCGACUGUCCCAUGCCCAGACGAGUGAAGGUGCCAGGAAAGUGCUGCGAGGAGUGGGAGUGUGAUUCUCCCUACAGACACAGCUUCAUGGGCUCAGUUUUGCCUUCUUACAGAGAGGAAGAGACCUAUGGCCCAGAUCUCUCCUUGAUGAGGGAGAACUGCCUGGUUCAGACGACUGAAUGGAGCGCCUGCUCUAAGACCUGUGGCCUUGGCAUCUCUACCAGGGUCACCAACGAUAACCGCGAUUGCCGCCUUGAGAAACAGACCCGAUUGUGCAUGGUGCGACCCUGCGAGUCACAUCUGGAGCAGAGCAUUAGGAAAGGAAAGAAAUGCAUCCGUACUCCCAGACUCUCCAAACCCAUGAAGUUCGAGAUCUCUGGCUGCACCACCACCAAGUCCUACAGGCCCAAGUUCUGUGGCGUCUGCCUCGAUGGCCGCUGCUGCACCCCCCACAGGACCACCACCCUGCCCAUGGAGUUCAAAUGCCCCGAUGGACAGGUCAUGAAGAAGCACAUGAUGUUCAUCAAGUCCUGCGCCUGCCACCACAACUGCCCCGGGGAGAACGACAUCUUUGAGUCCAUGUAUUACAAGAAGAUGUUGGGAGACAUGGCGUGAGCCACUCAAGGACGAUCAGAGCUUAUGACUUGAAAAACAAAAAAAAAACGCAGAACUCCAUCUCAUUUUGCAGCUCAGUAUAUAUGUUUUUGUUUUUUUUCACGUUUAAGUUUGACAUUGUCUCAUUGUAAAGGUAGUCCAGACACUUUGUCUGAGUGUCUGUGAGUAUUUUAUGGCUGCUGAAUAUCAGCCACAUAGACUCAGACAGAGGGCUGCGUAGCAGCUCCGAGAGAUUCCUGCACUAUAACUAUUGACAAGCCUGCUGUCAGGUUCCACCCAUUCCCCUUGAAAUGUGUCCAUUUUACAGUGUGCAUUUUAAAAACCUUAUCUAAACCUUUGCCGCCUCUAAAAAAUGAGGUGUCUAAUUACUCCCUCCACCCUAAGUCCUGACCAGACCUGCGCACUUGUAGCAGCUGUAGAGGGAGCAUGCAGACCACAGCAGGCCAGUGUUCCCCUGUCCAAACAGGUCUGAAUGUGUCCUUGUGCGUGUGUGUGUGUGUGUGUGUGCGUGCGUGCGUGUGUUUGUGUGCAUGUGUUUGUGUAAGCACAGGCCUGAAUGUCAGCCUUGUCUGUGUAAGACGCUGUUCACUCUCCUCAGAGUGGAGGAAAGGUCAGAGUUUCCGCCCAGCAUGUGGAUGAGAAAGCAAGCAGCGCCCUGAGUUUAGGGUUAGAUAUGGAGACAGUGGGCUUUGCCACAGCACUGAGGGAAAAAAAAGAAAGAAAACAUGACUAUUCCUGAUUCAGGUCAGAAGGAAGAAACGAAGACGUGACUAUUUUGUACAAAAUGUACGAGGAACGACUGGAAGAAUUGCAAUUUCAUUCCUUUUUAUUGUCGACAUGUAAAUGUUGUACAUAUUUGUAUAGUUUAAGUUAAUUUAAAAAGCCAAAAUGUUGUGCUGUGCUUUGAAAAAUGUAUCAACAGUGUAUUUUUAUUGAGAAGUGUGACAAAGAUGUUACAUGUUUGACUUUGUAGCUGGAAAUAAAAUGUUAUAUUUUUAUACAAAA